AACUAUGUAGCUGUUUUCAAUUCUGCGGGUUUUCUCCGUUUUCGUUCCCCAAAGACACGAUUGUCGGACAUAAACUAACUCAGGAGGCCGGUAACACUCUUCUGAGCGUCCGUGCGUUCGUGUCGGGCCGCAGCCAUGGCUCUCCAAGGCCCGGAGGAGGUGGGGGAGCAGGUGGAAGAGCCGGAGGAUCUGGACGAUCAGGACGCUAGUAGCAUCUCCCCGGCCGAGGAGAUCACGCUUCCCCCCGGGGCCGGCGGCGACGAGGAGCCGGUGGAGGCUUUCUUGCUCCCGUGGGACCGCUUCUCCGCCUGGCUGCACUGCAUCUGUGUGGUCGGCUUCGACUUGGAGCUGGGGCAGGCGGUGGAGAAAACAAGCAUCUGCUACCUUUCCUUUCCUGACUCCAACUCAGGUUGCCUCGGCGACACGCAGUUCUGCUUCCGCUUUCGUCAGGGCUCCAACAGAAAGUCGUCGCUGGGCUGUUUCCUGGAGACCACCGAUCGCGACGCGCCGCCGUGUCUGAAGCGGGAACAAGGCCAUUACUACGGCUACGUGUACUUCAGACAGGUGCGAGACAAAUCCCUGAAGAGAGGAUACUUCCAGAAGUCUCUGGUUCUGAUCAGUAAGCUGCCCUACGUGACGUUUUUCCACUCGCUGCUGAAGAUCAUGGCUCCAGAAUACUUUGAGAAACAGGAACCCUGCCUGGAAGCCGCUUGUAACGACAUGGACCGCUGGCCCACGCCUCAUCCUGGUCGAAUCCUCACUCUGCCCAUAAUGGGUGUCGUCAUCAAGGUUCGGAUCCCGACCAGCUACGACAAACCAGGAACCUCCCAGCUGGUCCAGUCUGCUCAGAGCGACAGUUCAGUGUCCAUCGUUCUCCCAACCAUCCAUGAAGUCGACCUUUUCAGGUGUUUCUACCCGGUCUUCUUCCACAUCCAGAUGCUCUGGGAGCUGGUGUUGUUGGGGGAGGCGCUUGUCGUCAUGGCGCCGUCGCCCGCAGAGUCGUCUGAAACCGUGCUGGCGUUGGUCAGCUGCAUCUCUCCGCUGCGGUACUGCAGCGACUUCAGGCCGUACUUCACCAUCCACGACAGCGAGUUUAAGGAGUACACAACCAGAACGCAGGCUCCGCCGUCGGUCGUUCUGGGAGUGACCAAUCCCUUCUUCGCUAAAACCCUGCAGCACUGGCCGCACAUCAUCCGCAUCGGAGACAUGAAGCAAGCAGGAGAGAUGACCAAGCAGACGAAAGUCAAGAAACUGAAAAACCUGAAAACUCUGGACUCUAAACCCGGUGUGUACACUGCUUAUAAGCCAUAUCUUAACAAAGAUGAAGAAAUCAUCAAGCAGCUCCAGAAGGGGGUUCAGCAGAAGAGACCCUCAGCGGCCCAGAAUGCAAUUCUUCGACGUUACUUCUUAGAGCUGACUCAGAGCUUCAUCAUUCCUCUGGAGCGAUACGUUGCCAGUCUCAUGCCGCUGCAGAAGUCCAUCAGCCCCUGGAAGAGUCCUCCUCAGAUCCGAGCCUUCAACCAGCAGGACUUCAUGAAGACGUUGGAGAAGGCGGGGCCUCAGCUCACGUCCAGACUGAAAGGAGACUGGAUCGGACUCUACAGGCACUUUCUGAAGUCUCCCAACUUCGACGGCUGGUUCCGCAGCAGGAGAAGAGAGAUGACUCAGAAACUGGAGGCUCUGCACCUGGAGGCUCUGUGUGAGGAGGAUCUUCAGCAGAGGAUCCAGAAGCACACGGAGGUGGAGGCUGUGGAUCUGGUCCUGAAGCUGAAAGACAAACUGACUCAGGCAGAGAGGGAGCAGCUCCCGGUCCGUCCAGGCACCCUGACCAAACUGAGAGCCCACAUCGAGGCCGUCAUCCUGGCCUUACCGGAGGACCUGCAGGGAAUCCUCCAUAAGCCCCCCACGCCGUGACCUUUAACCCCCCCCCAGCCACACACACACAAACACACACCCACUACGCCAACCUGAGGCAGUCCUCCUUCUGGUUGCUGGAGGAACUGCGUCAGUUUGAGGUUUUUACUGYAGCGGCAGGGUCUGAUCGAACCCCGACGUCUCCGUGGUCCUGAAGCGACAMAGCUGCGAUGGGCCGGACCGGACCUGUCAGCCCACCUCUUUAAAACAAAACAAAAAGGAGCGCCGGGUGUGUUUAACACAUCAUGCUGUAACGACACUCAGAGCCCGUCAGACGCUGGAGGUGACCUGUGAGCAAAAAAACAAAACUAGAAACUGACCCCCGGUGACCUUUGACCCUCAACGAUUUUUACUUUUUAACACCUUUAGAUUCUUAUUUAAACCGGCUGCUGCUCUCUGACGCAGAGUUUUCAUUCGUUUUAAGGACAGGUUUUUUAAAAUAAGUGCACUUCAUUGUUCCCAGGACCAGUGUGCCCAACACACACACACACACACACACACACACACACACACACACACACACACACACAGUUUAUGCAAACAAACUGACCGGAGCAGAACCAAGCAGUGCAUUAUAGUCACAUUUAUAAACAUUAACCACCAGCAGCUCAGUAAUAAGUGAUAAAACUCUUGUUUCUGUGAAUGUUGGCUGAGGAACAAUUCUGCUUUGUCCUGAAAGUUUAAUCAAGUUCAAUUUUUUUUAAUCUAAAGGAUGAAUUUAAGCAUAAAGUGUUUAAACAGCUCUUCUGAUGGUUCAGAGGUGAAACUCGAGGCCCGUUUUUAUCAUUUUUAAGAGAUUUUAAAGCAAAACAGGAAAGUGGAGAUCCUGGUUUAUGAAAUUAUUUAGGAAGCAAUAAGAUAAAAUUAAAAAAUUCUGGAUAUAUAAUCAGUUAUUAAUUCAUCAUGUGUUACACUUGGAUUUUUUUAAGAAUUCAGUUUUUUAUUUCACUGAAUUCUGAAAUAUUUUAUUUUUGUAAAGUUAUUUUUGCAACAGUUAUUUCCUCCUGUCUGAAACAUUUUGACUGAAAAACAAACAAAAAAUGAAAUGUAAAAUUAAUUUAACUCAUUUUAGGGGGAAAACCGUUUGUGCUUUGACUAUAAACUGAAACAAGAUUUAUAAAGGGUAAAAACACUAGCUGCUCUGCUCAUGUUUAUUUUCUGGUUUAUGAGUUUCACAUGUUGAAUUAUGUAGAACUGACCUUGUGGACAUUGCAGGUGACGUAAAUAAUGAAGCGUUUUCUGUAAUGAGAGUAAAAACAGACGAACCUCAGGUGAAAACAUGAAGAAGUGACUUUGUUACGAUGUCAGUUUUCAUCAAAGAGGACCCACCUG